AUGAUCCAGCAUACAACAGAGAAUUUGCACUUAAAAUUCAAUAAAAACGAGAUUGAUUGCAUGAAAGAAGUAGACAAUAAUAAUAUCGUUCGCUUAUAUGACUAUGACUACUAUGACGGCUCAGUUUAUUUAAUGAUGGAAUUUUGUCCAACUUCAUUAGAUAAAUUCAUCAGAAAGAAACGCGUAUUAACACGUGAGCAGCUUUUAAAGUACUCUUAUGGAGUUCUGAAGUCAAUUAAAGCUUGCCAUCGCUUCAAUGUUGCUCAUCUCGAUAUUAAGCCUGCAAACUUCCUAAUUGAUAACUACGACAGAAUAAGAGUCUGCGAUUUCGGAUUUUCUGCAAUUCAUCAAGAUGAACAUCUUGAAGAGAAUUGCGAAGGAUCAGUUCCAUUUAUGCCUCCAGAAGUUAUUCUUGGCCAUCCGCAUGAUCCAUUCAAAGCAGAUGUUUGGGCCAUUGGUGUUACAUUCUUCAUCAUGUCUACAGGUAAAUUCCCUUGGGAAGGAGAUGACAGAAAAACUCUUUGCGACAAUUUAUUGAAGGAACCACCGAGAACAGAGCUGAUCCAAUGCAAGGAUUAUGCAGAGGUCAUCGAGAAAUGCUUGGCAAAGGAUCCAAAUGAAAGACCUUCCAUAGACGAACUCUUAGAAUUACCAUUAUUCAAAACACCUCAUUUCGAUUUCAAGCCAGCGCAUAGGAAUUCAAUGAUUAGCCAUUUACGAGCAAUGAGACAUAGAUCUCUGCCUGCUUUGAUCGUUUCUCCUGUUGUUUGCAGAUCGAGAACAAGCCUCUAA